CAACAACAACUAUAAACCACCUCAAAGCAAAAGCACAAGCAAAAGCAAAGGCAAAAAGUGAGAGGGCAAAGGCAAUUAGCGCAACGGAAACGGAAGCAGCCAUAUUUGUAGCCAGUGCUAAGCAAUUUCCGGCUGUGACCAUGAAUUUGACAGGCCACGAGCACCAAUAAAGCAGUGCAAAGCGAGCAGUGCAAAGCGAGCAGUGCAAGCAAGCAGCGUGAAAGUGCAGCAGAGAGAGAGAGACGGCAACUUUGAGUACAAAACGGCAAACAGGAAACAGCGAAACAGGAAACAGGAAGGAGACACAGAGAAGAACAACCCAUAAUACACCCUCAGAGAUUAAGUAAGAGCUAGCAAUAUGGCCUCCUCAUUCCAAAUACCUGUUAUCAAUCUGGAGCUGCGCGAGGUGAAGGAGAUCGUGUGGGAGAAGAUCCAGGAGCCGGUGAACCAGCGUCGCCUCAUUCUGGUCAUCGUGUCCAUAGCCCUGCUGCUGGACAACAUGCUGUACAUGGUGAUAGUGCCCAUCAUACCCGACUAUCUGCGCGAGAUCAGCAACUUCGACGAGGGCCCCACGCCACCCCCGCUGCGGGACAAUGUGACCGGCCUGAUUAUACCCGUGCAUCACGACCACCAUGGCCAGGACUCGGCCACGGGCAUACUGUUCGCCUCCAAGGCCAUCGUCCAGCUGAUGGUGAACCCGUUCUCGGGCGGGCUGAUCGAUAAGAUCGGCUACGACCUGCCCAUGAUGAUUGGCCUCACCAUCAUGUUCUUCUCGACGGCCGUCUUCGCCUGCGGCAGAAGCUACAGCGUGCUGUUCUUCGCACGCUCGCUGCAGGGCGCCGGCUCGGCCUUUGCGGACACAGCGGGCUUGGCCAUGAUCGCCGAUCGCUUUACCGAAGAGAAUGAGAGAUCGCAGGCGCUGGGCAUUGCGCUGGCGUUCAUUAGCUUUGGCUGUCUGGUGGCGCCACCCUUUGGCGGGGCACUGUACCAGUUUGCCGGCAAGGAGGUGCCUUUCCUGAUUUUGGCCUUCGUCUGCGCACUCGACGGCCUGAUGCUGCUGCUGGUGAUGAAGCCCCUGAAGGAGCAGAUCAGACAGAGCAAGGAGGUGCAGGACCAGGUCAUACCCAUCUGGCGCCUCCUCAUGGAUCCGUACAUUGCUGUGUGUGCCGGAGCACUCACCAUGUCGAAUGUGGCACUCGCCUUCCUGGAGCCGACCAUUUCGCUGUGGAUGGAGGACAACAUGACCACGGAGAACUGGAAGAUCGGCAUGGUCUGGCUGCCGGCCUUCUUUCCGCACGUGCUGGGCGUGAUAAUCACGGUGAAGAUGGCCCGCAAGUAUCCGCAACACCAGUGGCUGAUGGCUGCCGGCGGCCUGGCACUCGAGGGCUUAUCCUGCUUCAUCAUACCCUUCUGCACCGGCUACAAGAUGCUGAUGCUGCCCAUCUGCGUCAUCUGCUUCGGCAUCGCGCUCAUCGACACUGCCCUGCUGCCGAUGCUCGGCUACCUGGUGGACGUGCGCUACGUGUCCGUCUACGGCAGCAUCUACGCCAUCGCGGACAUCUCAUACUCGAUCGCCUACGCCGUUGGCCCGAUCAUCGCCGGCGGCGUCGUGGAGGCCAUUGGAUUCACUGCCCUCAACUUCAUGAUCGCCUUCUCCAACCUGGCCUAUGUGCCCGUGCUGCGCAAGCUGCGCAACAUCUACGACUUCAAGCCGUUCGAGAACGAGGCCAACAUCCUGAUGCAGGAUCCGCCCAACAAGGAGUAUCAGACCUACGUCAUGCACGACCAGAAGCCGGUCGAGGGCGAGGUCAAGAAUCAUCUGGAGUACGGCCAGCAGUAUCAGCAGGAGCAGGAGACCAAUCUCGACGAUCAGCAGUACGAGUACCAGCAGCAGCAGCAGCAAAACCAGCAGGGAUACCAGCAGACGGGUGGCUAUCAGCAGGAUCAGGGCUACCAGCCCGGUUAUCAGGAGCAGGGCGGCAGCUACGCCCAGCAGGGACAGCAGCCUCGAGUGGCCAAUCCCUUCCAGCAGCAACAGCAGCAGCAGCAGUCGCAGAGCAGAGGUCCAGGCGCACCGGCGAAUCCCUUCAGACAAGGAUUUUAAACUGUUGUCUGAGACAAAGCCUAGAUCUAUAGUACGUUAAUUCAUGUUCAUUUGUACAGCUCUGUGGGCAGUGCUUGCACACAGUUCUCGUUGGUUAUUUGGUUUGUUUAUUUGUUGAACCCACUACGUAUAUAAUUCUACACAGACACAGACAUACCUACAUAAUAUAUACAUAUAGAGGCAAGUGGUACGUACACUAUAACAAGCAUUGACAUGCAGAUAGUUAAUACAGCAGCUAGUUAAUGCCAUGCACCGCCGCACCAACGUUUUGUAUUAUACACGAAGUUGAAUCAACUACAUACACAUACAUCUGCGUAUAUUGUAUGUAGGUGGUAGCAGCAGCUAUAUAGAGCGGCCCGAUCGGGACGCCUAUGCCCUAUACUCAGUACUCAAGCAGCCGUUUUCGUGUCUAUCAGUCAGUGAAGCUAGAGAAACCAAAGUCAGUCAUAGUUAGGUAUAAUGAUAGAAGGGAUCAUCCCCAUAUAUCAAAUAUAUAUAUCAGAUAUUAUAUACACACAUACA